UCCUAAGCAAAGAUCGUAAAAAUUCUUCUCCCCACACGCAUAAAUAAAUAAAAAAGCAAAGAGCAAAAGAACUUAUAAUAAAAUCAUCAUUUGGUACCAAAAGAGAAUUCUCACUUGAAAUACCUAUCUACCCAAAACUCAAAAGAAAAGAGACUUUCUCUCUUUCUCUUUCUCUUCUUAGUAUUCUCUUUUCUUCUCCUCUUCUCUUCUCUCUCUUUCCCUCUCUCUAUAUGAGAGACCUUUAGAGAGAGAGAAAAGAGCGCCAUGAAGAACACGAUCAGGUGUUGUAUCUCUUGCAUUCUACCCUGUGGAGCUCUUGACGUGAUUCGAAUAGUUCACUCUAAUGGCCGCGUGGAAGAAAUCAGUGGCACAAUCAGAGCGAGCGAGAUCAUGAAGGCUCAUCCAAAACACGUCCUUAAGAAACCCUCUUCGCCCUCCGAUGACGGGGUUGUUCCGAAGAUCGUUAUUGUCCCGCCGGAUGCUGAGCUUCAACGUGGAAAGAUUUAUUUUCUCAUUCCUGUACCUUCAGCGCCUGAAAAAACUCGAUCAAAGUCCUCCUCCAAGAAGAAAAGAAGAGAGUCCCAAAAUAAUAAUAAUACAAGCAACAAUAUUUCUAUGACGACCACGAAUCUUCUUGUAUCUGAUCAGUACUUGAGUGAGAUACUAUCUGAAAAAAUAUCGACGCAGAGGGAUCGAAGAAGAGGCCGUGUUGGCGUGUGGAGACCUCAUUUAGAGAGCAUAUCUGAGUCACCUAGUGAUGUUUAAUAUCAACAUCAGCAGGUUUCAAAUCUCCAUUCUUCUUCUUCUUCUUCUACAACUUCUUAUGAUUCAUUUUAUAAUAGAUUCAAUAUCCAAAAGGGUUCUCAAAAAUCUCCUUUGUUCCUGUAAUUUCUAUCCUUUCUCUCCUUUUUGGUGUAUAUAUAGAGGCAUAGAGAAAUUAAAAAUAAUAUCGAUGUUAAAACUCUUUCCAUAUUAUGGCUUCAAAAUGGUACGUGGUUAGCGAUGAUGAUAUUGAAUUAUUGAAUCUUGAGUCACAAUUAUCCAGAAAUUGAUGCUGAUGAUGAUGAUGAAAGCUGUAAUUUUGUAAUGUUGAUGAGAAAGAAGGUUUUGUGAA